CUUGAACUUUGAACCCGGGUAUAAAAAUUCACAAAUAAACUUCUUGUUGAUACAGCGCUCGUGGACCGACAAACAUGAACAUUAUAUUAGAAAUCAUUUUAGUGCUGAGUAAAGUUAUUUACUUCUACUUAGAAGCAUUUAUCCAGAUAUUUUUCCCACCUGCAAGAAAAGACAUCAAGGGUGAAAUUGUUUUGGUUACUGGAGCCGGACAUGGGAUUGGAAGAGAACUUUGUUUAGAAUUUUCCCGCUUGGGUGCCCGGGUUGUACUGUGGGACAUCAACAAGGAGAACAAUGAUGGUGUAGCUGACGAGAUAAGAGAGGCAGGCGGGGAGGCAUUUCCCUACACAUGUGACGUUACAGUUGUAGAGGACGUACAUCGUAUCGCAGGACAGGUGCGACAAGAUGUCGGUCCUGUUUAUAUGUUAGUAAAUAAUGCUGGAAUACUUUAUGGUGGGUCACUACUUAGUAUGGAACCAAAACACAUAAAGAGAACCUUCGAAGUGAACACACUUUCACAGUUUUGGACAGUGAAAGAAUUUUUACCUUAUAUGAUGAAGACUAAUAGAGGACAUGUUGUGAAUGUAUCUUCUAUGUCUGCUAAAUCUGGUACGGCGUAUCUGGUUGACUAUAGUUCAUCUAAGUAUGCUGUAUAUGGUUUUACGGAGGCACUACAAGAAGAGAUAUGUGUAUUAGGUAAAGAUGGUGUUCUAACAACCUGUAUUUGUCCUAUGUUUGUUAAUAGUGGUUUAGUUAAACAUAUGAGAGACAGGUUCGAACCUAAGAUUUUAACACCUAGAGAGACUGCUGUUGGUGCUAUUGAUGGUAUACUUAGAAACGAGUUGGUUGUCUUUGUACCCCAUAGAAUGUGGUUUAGUAUGGUCAUACAAUCAUUGUUGACGAGGAAAGGGAGAGAUUUGUUGAAGAAGUUUGGAGAUUUUGGUAUUUCUCCACAAUAUGAUCCAAAUACAACAGUUGGAGCAAAGAUCAACAAGAAAUAAAUAAUAGUUUUAGACAGGAUGCAGACCACUGUAGAUAUUAUUAUAUAAAGUAUUAAAAGCAAUUCCAAGUUGACAAAGGGAACGAAACUAAGUCUUGCCUAUUAUAAUGUGAACCACAUGACGUGUAAAUUAUCAAACGUUGUUAUUUUUAAAAUUAAAUGACCAAAUAAUUUUUGUUCAUAUUUUGGUAUUAAAUAUAUAUUAUUUUUUAUUAAAAAA